CAGCAUGGGCCUGGCCUGAGUGGGUCACUAGGCUGCACGCACGCGCUGGGAAAAUGCGGGAAAGGCUGCGGGAGGGCCGCGCCUGCGCAGUAGCGGGCCGUCGGUUGGGCGCAGACAGGCCCCGGAAGAUGGAGAGAUGGAGCCACCCCAAGAGACAAAUAGGCCUUUCAGCACACUUGAUAACCGCAGCGGGCGGGUCCAAGUCCCGUCCCCCACUCCGCUAUUGCAGAAGAAUCCCUACAGCAGCCUGGAUAUCUUGCACAUUAAAGGGUCGGAGGCUUCUUCUGUCCCUUACGCCCUGGACCAGGGCACGACUGCCCUGCCUAAGAACAAGAACCAGGAGGGCGCCGGGCACCGGCUGCUGAACAUGCUGAGAAAAACUCUUAAAGGGUCUGAUAGUGAAGAACUGGAAAUAACACAGGAGACACCAAAUUUGGUGCCACUUGGGGAUGUGGUUGGCUGCCUGGGCAUUCAUAUAAAGAACUGCAGACAUUUUACGCCUAAGAUCAGUUUACAACAUUUUGCUAACUUAUUCAUUCGCAUCUCUAUAAACAAAGCUGCGAAAUGUACAAAAAUGUGUAGCUUGCUAUUAAAAAACAAUGAGAAGAGCACUGUAAUUAAGUUCGAUGAAGUGAAGUAUUUUUCUGUGCAGGUUCCCAGACGUUAUGAUGAUGAGCGGAAUAAUAUUUUAUUGGAACUCAUACAAUAUGACAAUAGAGAAAAACGUGCUUUCUUGUUAGGGAGUGUUCAGAUACAUCUUUAUGAAGUAAUUCAGAAAGGGUGCUUCAUUGAAGACGUCCAAGUGUUGCAGAGAAACAUAUUUGUCUGCAGGCUGGAGGUGGAAUUUAUGUUCUCCUAUGGAAACUUUGGUUAUGGAUUUUCACAUCAGUUAAAACCUCUUCAGAAAAUUACUGAGCCAUCCAUGUUUAUGAAUCCUGCACCACCUCCAGAAAGAACAGAUCCCGUGACAAAAGUUAUUACACCACAGACAGUAGAAUAUCCAGCAUUCUUAUCCCCAGACCUGAAUGUUACUGUUGGGACUCCAGCUGUGCAAUCCUCCAACCAGCCAUCUGUAGUGCGACUUGAAAAACUUGAGCAACAACCCCGGGAAAGGCUGGAAAAGAUGAAAAAAGAAUAUAGAAAUCUGAAUACAUGGAUAGACAAAGCUAACUAUUUAGAAAGCAUUCUAAUGCCAAAAUUGGAACAUAAGGAUUCUGAGGAAACUAAUAUGGAUGAGGCAUUUGAAAACUCGAAAAGUAAUCAAUCUGAAGAGGAGCUUGAAAAUAUUGUAGGAGUAGAUAUCCCUCUUGUAAAUGAGGAAGCUGAAACGACUCCAAAUGAGUUACUGGAUAAUGAUUCUGAGAAAGGCCUGACUAUACCAACUUUGAACCAAUCAGACCAAGAUAAUUCAACUGCUGAUGCUUCUAAAUGUGAUGAAUCAACACCUUCACCCACAGAAGUGCACUCAUUGUGCACUAUUUCUAACCAGGAAACAAUAAAAGCAGGCAGAAUACCACCUUUAGGUGAACGUCAAUCAGAAAGCAUGCUAGACAGAAAAAUGAAAAAUGUAUUUUUUCCAUCAGAAGUAAAAUUAAAAGAUAACUAUCCAAGCAUUUUAAAAGCAGACUCAUCUCUUUCAGAGGUAAAUUUGAGGAGUAUCUGUAUAAAUCCAAAGAGAAGAAACUUAGAUUCAUCUCCAACAGAAAUUAGCUGGCAAAACAACAAUCUAAACUUAGCUGAAAGGGAGGACACAAGCUUAGUUUCCACCAGAAUAAAAAUUUAAAGGUAGCUUUCAAAGCCAAGACCCAAAAGAAGGCCUUGACCUCAAGGUGUCUGCCCUUCUAUUAGAAGUACAAGACUAGGGACACAAAAUAAUCCAUUUAAAAAAAUUAAAUACAAAUACAUUGAAAAUGCAUUCAAAUGUCUCCAAGUGGAAAUGUGUCUAAGUAUAUUAAAUAUUCUGACUUUACUUAUAUCAAUCAAGAAAUGAGGAUAAAAAACUUUCAAGAAAAGCAAAGUGAUUUGAGAUGCCAGUAAUACAAAUUAAUCUCUUAGGUUGGUAAUUCAGCUGAAAGUGUAACAACAAUAACAAAAUGUAAAUUCAAAGGAAAUUUAAAAGCCUGGGGAGUUAUUUCAGUGGAAAUUCUUAAUAAAACUAUUAUAUUAUAGGAAAUAGCAUAUAUUCUCCAUAUUACAAAUAAUUUUAUAGUUUAAAAUGAGAAUAAGAAUGUGAAUUUAAAGGUACACCAAAUUCUAGACUUUCUCAAAAUGACAGCCUUUCUACUUAUAUCUUUAUAUCUUAUUGGAAUCACUAUUACAGGUAGUUCAUCAAAUGGUAUAAAAAGAUACAUAGGUCAGAAGAUAAAGAAUUUGAGUUCUAAGUAAGAUUCUGCUUCUAAAUACUAGCUUGGGCAUCUAAGUCUCUAGACCUAUUUUUCUCAUUAUUUGAAUGGUAGAUCAGACUAGGUCAUUUCUAAAUUCUCUCCCAAAUUUUAAAAGAUAUAAUUUUAACUGGGAAUUAUUCUCAAUUACCUAUGUCAAAUAACAUUCUUGUUUUUUCUGAAUGUGAAAGUAAUGCACAGUCACAGAAAAUUUAGAAAAUGGAGAGAAAUGUAAAAGAAAAAAUAAAAGCAGUUAUAAUUCUACUGCUAGAU